AAAAGCUUCUUCUUUUCCCCCUGAAUUUACCUCUCUAGUGAAUCUCAUCUAGUUUCAGACUUCAUACAAACAAUGGCUUAUUCCCCUCAAGGUAAUAUGAAGAAGAAUCAAAAAAGAAGCUUCAUUUACAGUUCCGAGUUUCAAGCCAUGUUAGACGGAAUGGAAGACGAAGAUUGCGUCGACGAAAAUGGUCAGACCUCAGAAAGAAAGAGGCGUCUGACCGAAGAUCAAGUCAGGAAAUUGGAAAAGAUAUUUGAAAUUGAAAAUAAACUUGAAUCCGACAAGAAACAGAAGAUCGCCGAGGAAUUGGGUCUUCAACCUCGUCAAGUUGCUGUCUGGUUUCAAAACCGUCGAGCAAGGUGGAAGACGAAGCAGUUAGAGAGAGAUUAUGGAGUUCUUCAAGCUAAUUACGAUGAGCUUAAACUCAACUUUUCAAAUCUUCAAACCCAGAAUCAAAUUCUAAUCUCAGAGCUAAGAGAGUUGAAAGAGAAGAUCGUUGAAGAACAACCGGCACCCAUGUUAUUAUCAGAGACAAACUACAACAAUGUGGCUGUCCCUUGGACCCUGACCGGCGCCGGCGCCGGAGGCAAUGGCAGCUGCGACCGGACCCAGAUCGAACGGCUCCUGGGUGGUCUGAGAGGAGGAUUAUCAGACAGCAAUCAACUAUUUAAGGAAGAAGAAGAAGAACAUAACUUGUUUGGUGUAGAUCAUGACUCUGUUUCUUUCUUUUCACUUGAUCAGCCACCCACAUUUUACUAA